AUGAAAGUACAUGGUGAACGGAAACAAUCUCAGUGGUCUAAUUUUUUCGACUGUUGGCAAAAAAAACAACAACCACUCUCUCCCACUCCCAGUCUCUCCCUCUCCCACUCAAUUCCCCAUUCCCCACCGCGUUUCCACCAACCACCAGGGGCGGCGAGGGCAAGCUCCGACGUGGCCGGCGUGGGUGACCACGGCCAGGUGCCAGACGAGCUCCGCGACGGGGCAUCGCGGGCAAGCUCCUCGAGGGGCUGCGAGGGCGAGCUCGGCCAUGGCACGGAGCAGGCGAGCCAGCUAGGGGCGGCGCGGGAGAGAUCCUCCAGGGACGGCACGGGUGAGGUACGCCAUAGCCGGCGCGGGCGACCACGGCGAGAUGCCGGCGCCGACGAGCUCCGCGAUGGGGCGGCGCGGGCGAGCUCCUCGAGGGGCGGCGAAGGCGAGCUCGGCCAUGGCGCGGCUGGGCAACCUCUAGCCAGGGGCGGCCGCGGGCGUGCGCAGCACCUCCUGCUGGCAAGCUGUCGGUGUUCAGCUAGACAUCAGCAAUCACAUGAUCAGCAUGGCCUAAAUCGCCUUCAGCAAAAACCUUUCUUCCUGGGACAUUUGGAAAAAAAAAAGGAACGCCAAGGUUUCUCAUUUUCCCUUUCAUUUGGAAUGAUAGAGGGUCUUGUGUAUCCUUGACAGAUUUGGUUUGACUCCCUUGGUUAGACAUCUUCCCCGUUGUGCAUCCCUCCUCUCUUGUAAAUAUCUGUUUGUAUUUUAAUAAAAUUUACCUGCCAGUGCCUUUCA